AUGCACACUGUCCUGCACAGUUUGUGGUCAAAGAUUCACUCGGAAGCAACCCUUAGAAAUACACACAAGAACACACACGGGAGAGAAACCUUUUUUCUGCUCUCUUGUGGUCAGAGAUUCACUCAAAAGGGAUCUCUAAAAAUACACACAAGAAUGCACAGUGGUGAGAAACCUUUUUCCUGCACAGUGUGUGGUCAAAGAUUCACUCAGAAGGGUUAUUUAAUAAGACACACAAGAACACACACUGGUGAGAAACCUUUUUCCUGCGCAAUUUGUGGUCAAAGAUUCACUCGGAAGGAGCAUUUAAAAAUACACACAAGAUCACACACUGGUGAGAAACCUUUUUCCUGCACAGUUUGUGGUCAAAGAUUCACUCGGAAGCAACCCUUAGAAAUACACACAAGAACACACACGGGAGAGAAACCUUUUUUCUGCUCUCUUUGUGGUCAGAGAUUCACUCAAAAGGGAUCUCUAAAAAUACACACAAGAAUGCACAGUGGUGAGAAACCUUUUUCCUGCACAGUUUGUGGUCAAAGAUUCACUCAGAAGGAAACCUUACAAAUACACACAAGAACGCACACUGGUGAGAAACCUUUUUCCUACGGAGUUUGUGGUCAAAGAUUCACUCGGAAGGGACCUUAAAAAUACACACCAAAACCCACACUGGUGACAAACCUUCUUCGUGCUCUGUUUGUGAUCAAAGAUUUUCUUCCAAGUGUCAGGCUGAGACACACAAGUGUGCCGGUAGGAAAAGCCAUCAUCAAGAAGCUGUAAAAGUAUAAAUUGAAAGUAAUAGAUACAUUUCAUUGACGUCACACAGACCACGUGUUUUUGUUUACAACGCCAUUUUGUACGGCAAGAUCGUGUACAUAUCAUGGCUCGGAAGCAAUAAGUGUAAACUAUAAUGUUUUAGCAACGGUUAUCGUUUGAUCUUUUGUCUUGAAAGUCCUUUGACAAACAAACACUGGAACCAGAGGUGAUUGAGGCACUUGUGCUGGAGUGAGGAAUAAAGAAAGAAGCCAC